AACUAGCAUCAUGUUAAUUGCUCUCUUGAUUAACCUCAUAUUUCUCAUAGUUUCAGACAACGGUGUCAAUGCCUUAGUACCGAGACCACGCAAACACAUAGAAGGAAAUGCACUUUGCAGCAUAGCUGAAUCCCUCUUCAUUGAACAUACUUAUCCAAAAUGUUUUAUUCUGAUUGACGCCCUGAAAGUGUUCAAUGAACGUCUCCUCAUGAGGCGUCAACUAUACUCAUAUAAUGAAAGCGAAACUCUCCAUAUCAACACAAUGAAAAUUGUGAUUAGAGACGGUUGUGAUGAGUCAGAGAAUAAAUUGUGGCCAAGUGAAUACAUGGAUGAAUCACACAAAAUCAGCAUAUUCGAUGAGAAGAUUGAAAUUGAAUGUAAUGAAGUUUGGGGAGCAUUGCACGCAUUGCAGAGCAUCAUACAACUGGUUCACAGAAGUAAAUCGGGGUCUGUAAGUCAAAUGUGAUUUCACUGAUAACCUCAUGAUCAUUAACACCUUGUUUAUUCAUUCAACUAGCUUGUAAUGUAUGAACGCAUUAUCGAGGAUGCACCAAGAUUCAUUCACAGAGGAUUUCUCGUUGACACUGCCAGACAUUAUAUCAGUGUUGAUGAGAUUUUGAAGUUUAUUGAUGCAAUGGCGGUUGUGAAAAUGAAUGUAUUUCAUUGGCAUAUGACGGAUGACAGUUCAUUCCCCUAUGUGUCAUCCACAUAUCCUCGACUUUCCCUAAAGGGUGCCUACCAUCCACGGAAGUUGGUUUAUGAGAAUGCAGAUGUUGUUCGUGUGAUAGAGUAUGCCCGUCUACAUGGGAUACGUGUGAUGGUAGAAUUUGAUACCCCGAGUCACACGAAGUCAUGGGAAAAAAGUUAUCCUGGAAUGCGGACAGAAUGUUCUCCUGGAAGUCAGUUAGGCCCAUUCAACCCUGCACGUGAGAACAACUUUGAAAUUUUGAAAGCGUUUUUCAGAGAAGUGACGUCAGUAUUCCCAGAACCAUUCAUCCAUCUGGGUGGUAAGGAGGUUUCAUUCGAUUGCUGGAAAUCUAAUACUGGAAUUUCGAAUUUCAUGAAGCAGAAGGAAUUUGGUGAUGACUACGGGAAACUUGAAUCGUAUUACUUUGACCGACUAAUUGAAGCUAUUCAAUCAGUUCAACCAGAGGGAUACGCGAUUACACCAGUGGUCUCGCAUGAAGUAUUUCAGAACGGUUACCGUCCGAAUAAAACCACUGUGAUGAACGUCUGGCAGGGCAAAAAUUGGGCGAAUAUUGUUAAAUCUAUAACGUCAGCUGGUUAUCGAGUUAUAGUUUCGGCAUGUUGGCAAAUCUCUCUUGCAAAUCAUGCAACUCGAUGGUAUGGUUAUCAUAAAUGUGAUAUUGGAGCAUUUGGAGGCACCGAAGAAGAGCAGAAAUUGGUGAUUGGUGGAGAAGCCUCUGUAUAUGGAGAAUAUGUGGACAGUUCAAAUCUCUUCACGAGCUCAUGGCUUGAGGGUGCAGUCAUAGCCGAUCGUCUGUGGUCACAUGAUCAAUCCACCAUUGCUGAAAUGAAACCCAGAUUGGCUGAACUACGUUGUCAUAUGAGAGACUUAGGAUUCAAAGUGAAACCGAUAAAUGAACCGAAGAAUUGUUUACAACCAUAAGAAUGUGCAUUUCCAUCAACUAGACGCCGAUGGGACACUCAUUGUUUUUUACUCAACAUUAUAGAUUUAAU